CAAUAUUGAAAUAAAUGAACUCUGCCAUCUACAAUGGACCGAUGGCUGAUGUUUUUUAAUAUUUUACUUUCGUGGUUAUAUUAACUUUGUUGAUAAUAUAUAUUAUUAUUAUUGUAAUAAUAAAUAAAACAUUGUUAAUAAAUAAAUAAAUAUGUAAUUUAUGAUAAAAGUUAUUAUUUAAAUAAUUAAUUUUGUAUGGGUACUAUGAUUUAGUAAAUGAAUUUAUAAUUACGGAGCUGGAAUUUUUUUUAACGAGAGCUGUAAAUAUAUAAUAUAAAAAAAAUUUUGUGGAUGCUGGUGGGUUUUUUUAUUAAGAUUCCGAUAUAUACUCAGGAAUAAGUGAUUGUAAAAAAAUACGAAAAUGUCUUCUAAGAGCGAACUUAAGAAAUUGUCCGAAGAGAGUUUGACCAGACAGCCAGAGGAAGUAUUUGAUAUUAUUUGCAAACUUGGAGAAGGAUCUUAUGGAUCGGUAUACAAAGCACUGCACAAAGAAAGUGGACAAGUACUUGCCAUAAAACAAGUGCCAGUGGAUACCGAUUUGCAAGAGAUAAUAAAAGAAAUAUCCAUAAUGCAACAAUGCGAUUCUCCAUAUGUUGUUAAAUACUAUGGGAGUUACUUUAAAAACACAGAUCUCUGGGUAAAAAUAUUUAAUUUAAAUAGAAUAAAAAGUUAUUUUAAUAUUGUCAUGGAGUAUUGCGGUGCUGGUUCAGUCAGUGACAUCAUGAGGCUGCGAAAGAAAACACUCCAAGAAGAUGAAAUAGCAACAAUUCUCUGUGAUACUCUCAAAGGUCUUGAGUAUCUUCAUUUAAGGCGUAAAAUACAUAGAGAUAUUAAGGCUGGUAAUAUCUUGCUCAAUAAUGAAGGUCAUGCCAAAUUAGCAGACUUUGGUGUUGCUGGUCAGCUUACGGAUACGAUGGCAAAACGAAAUACUGUCAUCGGUACUCCAUUCUGGAUGGCACCGGAAGUAAUACAAGAAAUAGGGUACGACUGUGUCGCGGACAUCUGGUCUCUGGGAAUAACAGCACUGGAGAUGGCUGAAGGAAAACCUCCUUAUGGUGACAUUCAUCCGAUGAGAGCGAUAUUUAUGAUACCAACGAAACCACCUCCAAGUUUUAGAGAACCCGACCAGUGGAGCCCGGAAUUCAUUGACUUUGUCAGUGUGUGUCUUGUCAAAAAUCCCGAAGAACGUGCGACAGCAACGGAGCUGCUGAAUCACGAGUUUAUUGGGGCUGCGAAACAGCCGAAUAUUCUCAGCCAAAUGAUUGCGGAUGCUCAUGAAAUUCGGGAGAAACAGAGCGCACAUCGCACUCAUAUUAUAAACAAUGUUGCUAUCAAAGGACAAAAUAAUGCUGAUGACUCGGAUGAAGAAGAUUGCAGCGGAACAAUGAAACUUUUGCCAGAGGACCCGGGUACUUUAGUACCUGGUGAUCUUCCAGAUACUGGGACUCUGGUGUCGACAAUUCUUGAUCUGGGUACUAUGGUCAUCAAUAGCGAUACCGAUAACGAAGCGACAAUGAAAAGGCACAAUACAGGAUCAGUAGAGUCUGGAAAAAAAUACCGGCCUCUAUUUCUCGAUCACUUUGACAAAAAAGAAGCUCCGGAAAUCGUUAAAGGCAAUGGUCAAGUCUUACACAAUACAGAAGCUGAGAAUAAAGUGGACCCACCGACUCCGACGGAAUCCCAGAGGUUCCAGAGCCACUUACAGCUCCAAUUAAAUCAAAUUUCCCACCCGAUACCCGAGCCACCGCACAAUAACAUACCCAAGUUUCAAAACGCAUUUACAGAACGUGAUUUUGAUUUCAUAAACAACCAUAUCCUGCAGUUAAAGUUCCUCUCGUACGAGGAGCUGCAGCAACGGAUGACUAGUCUCGACGCAGAGAUGGAACGCGAGAUCGACGAGCUGAGGAGGAGGUAUCAGACCAAGAGACAGCCAAUUCUCGAUGCCAUGGAUACCAAGAGAAAGAGACAGCAAAAUUUCUAACAGUUUGGUAAUUUUUGUACGUUAAAAUAAUAGAUGUGUGAUGAUAGUGUUAACAGUGGUGUACAGUUGUAUAAAUUUAUAGAUUUUAUUCUGUAAUCAUGUCGAGAGUUUACUUACUCCUGUCAGUGUGACCCACAUUUAUUUACAACACAUAGUGCAUCUUAUUAUCUUCAUAUUCACUACUUUUAUCAGAUUCAUUUCUUUAAAAAAUUAACACCGGCUUAUAUAUUUUAUUAAUUAGCUUCCCCUAAUUAAUUUAAUUAAUGUUUCAAUAGACGUGUAAUAUAUUUUACUAAAUUAUAUAAAAGAUGCAACUCACUUAAAAUAAAAGACCUAGUACCCGAUCAGGGAACUAGUACCCUAUCACUCCAUGUAUCUGUACGUCAGUAUUCAGUAAAUAUAGAUAUACAAAUAUAUCAGUGAUCGGGUACUACAGGGAGAAAAAUAGAGACAAAAAAUGUACGAAUUUUUAUUAUGCUGUCGACCAAAUUUUAAACCGGAAGUUGAGUCUUCAAAAAAUUAUUAUGCUGCACUAUAAUUAUUAUUGUGUCCCUCAAAAUUUUUUAUUUUCUACUAUAAUUCCUAGUUUAUACAAAAAAUAUUAAUGAAGCAUAAUAAUUUUUUGGCAACUCAACUUCCUGUUUAAAAAUUGCUCGACAGCAUAAUAAAAAUUCGCAGAUUUCUUAAGCCCAUUUUUCUCCGUGGGUCUCUUACUUUCCAUCCACUUUUCCGUAAAUUUUUAAAUAUAUUUAAUUUAAAUCAAAUUAACUUGCCAAAUAAUUUUAAAGUUUUUUAAAAAUAAUUUAAUAGGGAUUACAAUUAAAAUAAAAAUUUUUAGUCUUCAUUAAAAUAUCAGUAAGUUUUCCCAGUAAAAUAUUUAAAAUAAUAAUGUCUUAUAAUAACAAUUAUUUGAGAUAUUUAAAGAUGCACAUGUAAAAUAAUUAUAUACAUAGGUUGAUAUAUUACGAUAAUUAAAAAAAAAAAAAACAUAGAAAUUAGUCUUCCUAUUUAAGACAUUUAUGCGUUAUUAUUCAGUUUAUUAUUAUUAUCUAAAAUAAAAAUAAACAUAAAAAAAAAUGUUACUUGAGCUAUUUAAAAUUUAUUGAAAUUUUGCUGAUUAACGCAAAAAUUAAUGACAGUAUAGUUUGUCAGAAUAUGCUUAUGCAUUGAAAAAAAAAAAAAAAAUUAUUUCGUGUCAAAGAAAAAUGAUCUUGAUAAUUAAAUAUUAUUUUGCAAAGUUAUUCAUUAAAUAAUUAAUAAUAAUAACAAUUAUUAUUAUAUUUAUGUUUUUAAAAAAAAAAUUGUUACUUAACGCUGCUGAUAAAUAAUUUAACUGCACGUUUUAUUUUAUUUUAUAAUUAUUAUUAUUGAUUAUUUUGAGUGUUGCAAUAAUAUAACUACUUAUGUGGGCAUAAAAAAAUAAUUUUAAUUGACAAUUAAAAGCUAUCCUGCGUAAUUAAUUAAAUAAAUAAUUAAAAGAAGUAACAAUUGAUAGCCAGAACUGAUCUAAUCUUACAAUACGAUUAUUUAGUCAGUAAUCGUACAAAGUAAUAACAUAUUUUUGAUAUAGAAAUAAUAAUAAAUGAUAAUCGCAAUACAAGAUCUGAUUUUAAAAUUAAUAAUAACGUAAAUCUACACACUUUUAGACCGUAAUUAAAUAUUUUAAUGACCAAGUAAUGUUGCCAUAUAGAAAGAACAACAAAAGUAUCGACGAGUAAUUUAUUUCCUUGAUUAUAUUAUUGACAAUUGUAUAAAAUACAUUUUUUUUGUCUGCAUUGACACUCCGAGCUAGUGAAAAAAAUCCAACCAGACCAAUAAAAUUUAGCUGCAGUAGAUUAUACACCUAGAGGAAAAAGUAAGAAAUUCUAACUUUGCAGUGGAAGGUUUAAAUUUCUGUCAAUGUUGAGGUAGGGUUCGAAUCCCAGCCUUGGUAUUAAAUUCUGAAAUUAUAGAUGUGAUUCUAACUAACGAAAUUGAAAGUUGGAUUUGUACAUUUGCCGCUGAUCAAAUUUUGUAAUUUCUACAGUAGAUUACACAUCUAGAGGGAAAAAUAAAAAAUUCUGACUUUGGAAAGUUCAAAUUUCUGUCGAUGUUUGAGAAAAAGUUUCCGUGACCGCGGAUUUAAUAUUUAGUAUUUCUAUCAAAAAAAAGUGCGACUUCUUUCCCGCUGAAUAGAACAAAAUUUAAACUCUUCUGGAAUUUUUUGUUAAACCAGAAUAAAUAUAUUUUGUUGUCUUAAAUACUGAGGUAAUGUGACGAAGUGCAAAAGACACAGAUUUAGUACUAGAAGUACUCGGGUUCGAAUCCCAACAUCGCCAUUAAAUUCUGAAAUUAUAGCACUAGAUAAAAUUCUAAUUAACGAAGAGCAAGUUGGAUUUUUACAUUUGCCGCUGAUCAAAUUUUAAAAUUUCUGGCUCUAGACAUUUAAAUUCAGUUUCAAUGCAGACAAUUAAAAAAAAUGUGGCACGGAAUGAAACGCGAUUUCAGGCGAGGGUGGGCUGCCAUCGCCUGAAAUCGUCUUAUUUUAUCCCUUGGCACACAGUGUUCUAUUACUAAAUGAUUUAAAAUUUCUACACUAAUUAAAUAUUCGCGUAAAAUUUAUAUUUAUUCUAAAAAAUAAAUUUAUUUCAUCAUGACAUUUUUAAUUGUAUUAUACAUUAUUAUUAUUAAUAAUUGGAGUCAAAAAUUGAUAACGUUUUUUUUUUUUUUAAUAAAAAAUUAUACUUAGACCAUUUAAUGGUUACAAAUUGCUCCAGAUAAUUUAAGUAUUUUUAUGUUAACAAUUAAUAGUUUUUAAAAAUAAUAAAAUAUUUAAAAUAAUUAUUUUUUCAAGGAAGAUCAUGUAUGUUUUAACAAUAUUUACAAGGCAUCAUUUAUUUAUUUACAUUUUUAUGUAUAAAUCUGUUAAUAUCUCUGUUAACGUGCAUUAUUUUUCCGUUAAUUAUUUUACAUAUAUAUAUUACAUAUAUUUCAGCAUUGAUUUAAAUUUAUUUUUUCGAUUUAUUGUAAAUGUUUUAUUCUUUUUAUUAUUAAAAUCUAUAAUGCAAAUAAUACAGUAAUUUAUUUAUUUUUUUUGACACUAACAAAAUUCAAAAAACAGAGUUGGCAAUUCUCCACAAAGUCCAAUAAUUAUUUUCAUUUUUUAUUUUAAUUUAUCAGUAAAUGUAUCAACAAUUUACUCGUCGAUUAAAAAUAGUAAUAAUAAAUAAUUCUAAAUAAAUGUGAAAUACUUCCCGAUGUUUCUUAAAAUAUAAUAAUGAUAUAUAUUUAAAUAAAAAUAAAAAGUAAAGCUCGUAAUAAAUAAAUAAAGAAAAAACUUACAAUAAUAAAUGAAAAUUAAAGCACAAUCUUAAUUGAGAGGCCUUGACUUUAUACUACACAUGAGUGGAAUUUUACCAACACUGAUUAUAAUUAUUAUUAAAAAUGCAUUUAUUAACGCCCAAAUAAUAUUUACGUAAUAUAUUAAUAAUAAUAAUAGUAAUUAAAAAAAUAACUAAUAAUUAACAAUUUAUAAUAAUAAUAAUAAUAUGUCGCAAGGAAGCUUAUAAUCAGGAUAUGUAUCACAUAUAGACUCGUCUAGUACAAUUGACAUUUUUUAUUUUAUUUACCU